ACUGCUGUGAUAAGAUGACGUAAAAAACAAAACAUAACCUGCAAAAAGUGUAGAGUGUAGUGUCAUUUUUUUAAUUAAUUAAUGUAGUUAGUUUAUUUAAAAUGAAUCAUGUUUACAAAGUACCUGUAAUCCCUCAAAACUUGAAUAAACAGGAAACAAUCGUUCAGGUGGCUGAAGUAUUAAAUCAUUUAACGAACGUAACAGAUGACAUAUUAAAACAUAUAAAUAACAGAAUUGAAUCUAGCAGAAAAAAGAUAUCAAACAUAUCCGAACGUGUCGAUAAAGUGAAAAUGAAAAUAAACAAAUUGAACGGUGCAAAAAAAGCAACACAAGUGUUUUCAAGUUGUAAAUACCCAGCGUCCGAUGUAAAUCAACCCUAUAUUUCAAUAUUUAGCGACGUUAAACCUCCUGAAUUAGUACGACAUAAAGUGAAGCAGAAAAAAGCCCCAUCAAACGAUGAACAUUUAGAUAAAUUGUACAUCUACCACGUGAAACUCAAAAAAAAUGAGAACAAAGAGACGUUCGGCGGCUUGGGGGAAAUCCCCAAAGACUCGGAAUGCGUAAACGACCUACUCCUCUACAAUUCCGGCAAAAACCUCUACACGAAUUUCGUAAUGUCCGACCCUUUGGAAAUCUCCCAACAAAUCAAAGAACAAGACCACAACGACAGUUCGAGCAUCGGGGCAGCCCCCUUCUCAAUCAGCGAACGCUCAACCCUGACGCGCUCCUCCACCCAGAACUACUUCUACACCCCCAACUUGGGGGAAGUCCCGGCGCUCGACGUGCCCCUGGAUCUGCCCGAUUUGCCCAACAUUGCCGACGACCUGCGGUACGACACGGAGUUGGGCCCCGGGAUCGCCCCCUCAGUCACCACGACCCCGAACAUCCCCGACCUGCCCACAAUCGAACCCGCCAACCCCCAGCCCAAGGAGGACUUCCCCGAAAUCGAACUCCCGCCGCCCCCAACACCCGCCAAAGAAAUUGAGGAGCAAGUCCCAGAGAAGGUUGAAACGCCCAAACCGCCCACACCACCCACUGAACAGGUGGAGGAAGCCCCCAAAAUCACCGAACUGCCCCAGCUGGACGUGCGGGCCAGCCUCAUGGAGGCCAUCAGGAAAGCGGGGGGCGCCAAAAAUUUGAAAGCCACAAGUGCCGACAGGGAGCAAACGACGGCAAAACCCGUGACUGGGGGCGACUUGAUGGCUGAUUUGCACGCCAAGCUUUCCAUGCGCAGGAAGGGCAUCUCAGGUACUAAAAAGCAGGAAAGUUUGGACGCAAGUAGUGCGUUAGAAAAAAUCUCGGCCAUGAUUCCGCCGCCCAUUCGUAGCGAGAGCAACGAGAAUAAUACCGAAGACGAAGACUGGGAUGAUUAAUUCAUUUAAUAUUAUAUUUUAUAUCAAUAAAUAUUAUCAUGUUACAUAA